CGUUAACACCUAAAAUCAAUAUGGAUAAGUUAAAUCUUGUGGUAGUUUAUUCUGUGCUGUGUUGUGCUGCUGGUCAAAAUCAAAGUUCGCGAAAUUUUAACAGUGACUGUGGUCAAGUCUUGACUCAAAAACAAUUUGUAAUAGAAUCGCCAGGUUAUCCAAGCAAUUACCCUCCAGAUUUUGAAUGUUCGUAUCUUAUAAAAGGGCCCACAUGUCCGACAAGUUUCAGUCUUCAGUUUGUUGACUUUAGCAUUGAGGAGUCUUUAGGCUGUUAUAAAGAUCGAUUGGAAAUUGGCGAUAAAGACGCUGUUUGCGGUUCCAGACAAGACACGAAAGAGUAUUUUUCUGAAAAAGGAACUCUUAUUUUAAAAUUUGUGUCAGAUAAAGAUAUCACUGGACGAGGGUAUAGAAUUUUUGUAUCACGUUCUCCAUGUCAGGUAUUACAACCUAAACCAGAGUUUACCACACGGUCAGUCCCCAAAUGGCAUACCACAAAUUUUGAUGUAGAAUAUACCACCACUAAACGACCUACUCACAACAAAUGUUGCCAAACUUCUUACAACUCGAAACAGUUUACUUUGGCAAGUCCCAACUUUCCCUACAGUAUGAGCAAAGCUACAGAAUGUCUGUAUGAAAUUUAUAAAGCAAAUGGCAACAUAUGUAGGCUAAGAAUUCACGUUCAAUUUUUUUGGUUGGGAAGACCUAGCAGUUUAAAUUGUCCAGAAGGUUUUUUCGAAAUUGAUGGUAAAUAUAUUUGUGGUUGCAAACGGGAUUUAAAAUUGAUUGUCCCCUUUGGAAAUGAGGAGAGAAAAAUUUUUCGAUUUGUGAGUAGAGGUUACGAAAGGUCAUCAUACAGCGGCUUUGUCAUGAAUGUGAUACAAGACGAGUGCCCCAAGAAAUAUAUCCCUGAAGAGUUGCAAAAAAACGUAACCCAAGAAAAUUUCAGAUUUUACAAUGAUCAAAUUAAGAGAGUUGCAUCGCUUAAUCAGUCUCAUGAUGCGGUGAUUGAGAAACUGCAUUUAAUUAGCGAAAAUACAGAAGUGAUUGAUGAUAAACCACAAGUUAUCAGACAUGUGUAUUUUUACGCUCCUCCUGACUUUAACCGAAUUCCAAGAGACCGUGAAGAAACCGAUUAUAUUGACACAUCUAGUUCUAGCACUUCUUUUGUCCAAAAUAGUUACAGUUACAACUAUUGUCUCAACUGGAAUCAGAUGCAAUUCAAUACUUUACCCUUGAGGAAUUUUCCUGUCUGCAAAACUGACGAAAUAAGCGAAGGUAAUGUUGAACCAAGAAAAUGUGUGGAAUUAAACCAACUUCGAGGUUACUUUAAAAGUCCCGGAUAUCCUUUUUACUAUCCAGGAAAUAUGCAAAUUUGUUACAGAUUUGUGAAAGAACCAGGAUAUUGCAGCAUCAAAGUACACAUGAAAGAUUUUAAUCUUCAAAACAGUAAUGCAUGCGAAAAUGAUUAUUUACUCUUUGCAAACCAAUUGAGAUAUUGUGGGAGUCAAUUAUCUAACACGAUUUCAACUCUCGAUUUGCGGAAUAAACCCUAUGAAGAGAUGACUUUUGUUACGGAUCAGUUUUACUGUGGUCGAGGUUUUUUCGGUAGCUAUCAACAAAUUCCAUGUCAGGAAACACCUCAUCCAAUUAAUCCGAGCACACCUUGUUCCAAAACAAUUCAAGAUGAAAUGUUUACUCUUGAUGUUUAUGAUUACCACGAAUCUCCUUGUUCAUUUCUUAUAAAGAAAUAUAAACAGUAUGUUUGUUCCGUGACACUUUAUUUUGAGAAGUUUGAUUUGGUUUGUGCAUCUGAGUCAUUAGUCAUUGAUGGGACUAUGUAUUGUGGACAUUUGACGGGACAAUCUGUCAAGAUUAGUGUAACAGAUCAAGAUCCUUUAAUUAUUUAUAAGAGAACUUCACUAGCCGGUAUUAAUGGCCUCAGACUACGUAUAAAAGGAAUUCAGAUAUCGGAGGAUUGUCCAUAUCCAGAAGUUCCCGCAGAAAGGAUUUUUCAUAUUCCAUCACCAAAAAAAAUACAACUAGAAAACAAUUCCAAGUUUCUUUUAAAAAUCGAUAAGAAUUUUAGAGAUAUUUGUGGAAUAGUUACGAAUACCACUGAAAUUAAGCUUCCUGAAACAUUCUGUGAUUUCAUAAUGCAAAACGAAAAAAAUGUUACAAAUUGCCUUCCUAUUAAAGUGAAUUCGCUUAUUGUGCCAAUAGAAUCGCAUAAACUACAACUGAAAAUUCAAGAUGUGGAAAAAACUGAAGAGAUUGAGUUUCAGGAAGUCGACUGCGAAGAAGCUGGGCAUAUGGUAAAGUAAAUUUAGUGGAACAUUUUGUAUUUUUUACUUUUUUAUAUAAUAAAUAAAUGGAUAA